AGGCGGUCAACACUGGCAUUAUGCGCUAAGUUUCCUAGCUAGGAGGUACCUAGGUAAUUCUUGGAGGGGUCGUUCAAGCGCAAUCGCUCCUGUCCUAGCUGCCCCUCCUGCCCCUCAUCCGCGCUGAAAAUUCCCAUUGUAGCUGCCUUUGACUCACCCGCCAAACUACCUCCUAUGUCCCUUUAGCUCUCGCGUAGAGGUAGAUAAACUUCGAGGUCCGCUAAGUUAUCGCUAACUUCCAGCUACUUCGCUAUAAACUAUAGUUACGUAGGUACCUAAAAUCUAACUUCCCCUACCUAAUCUCCCUAAACAUUGCAAAACUUUUCGUGCGCUCUCGAGUCCCUACACUUACACGCCGCUGCCGAUCUCGCCCGCUAUGCCUACAGUUCACUUGCUCGACUAUGUCGCGGGCAAUGUACGGUCUCUCGUCAACGCCAUCGAAAAGUGCGGAUACAGCGUUGAAUGGGUCCGUAGCCCGGAUGAGGUCGCGCGCGCAGAGAAGUUGAUUCUGCCCGGAGUUGGCCACUUCGGCCACUGCACAAGCCAGUUAGCAUCUGCCGGAUACUUACCUGCCGUUCGCGCACAUAUCGAAGCCGGCAAGCCGUUUAUAGGAAUCUGCGUCGGGCUUCAAGCGCUAUUCGAAGGUUCAGUUGAGGAUCCUGCCCACCCGGGUCUGGGUAUAAUAAAAGGUUCUCUGGACCGCUUCGAUGACACCCAAAAAUCUGUUCCGCAUAUCGGCUGGAAUAGCGCCAAUGCUGGCGGCAAGAGUUUAUACGAUCUGAGCCCGCAAAGCAAGUACUACUACGUCCACUCGUAUAAGUACCCACACGUUAAAGGCGACCUAGAGGGCCAAGGCUGGACCGUUGCGACGGGAGAGUACGGCGGGGAGGUAUUUGUGGGCGCCGUAGCGAAGGCGAACGUGCUGGCGACGCAGUUCCACCCGGAGAAGAGCGGCGUUGCAGGACUCAGAGUGCUAAAAGCAUUCCUGACAGGCGAAGGCGCAAAGACACUAGGCCAAGACGUAGCCGGACCAGCACCAACAGGCGGCCUAACAAAACGAAUCAUCGCAUGUCUUGACGUACGGACAAACGACCAAGGAGACCUCGUCGUGACGAAGGGCGACCAAUACGACGUGCGCGAAAAGACCGACAACCGCGACGUGCGCAACCUCGGCAAGCCAGUCGAGAUGGCCAAGAAGUACUACGAGCAGGGCGCGGACGAAGUCACCUUCCUCAACAUCACCAGCUUCCGGGACUGUCCGCUAGCCGACCUGCCUAUGCUCGAGAUUUUACGGCGCACCUCGGAGACGGUCUUCGUCCCGCUGACUGUCGGCGGUGGUAUCCGCGACACGGUUGAUACGGACGGGACCAAGGUCAGCGCGCUCGAGAUCGCGACUAUGUACUUCAAGAGUGGCGCAGACAAGGUCUCGAUUGGUUCCGAUGCCGUGCUCGCUGCCGAGGAGUACCUCGCCGUUGGGCGUAAGCUCUUCGGUAACACGGCUAUCGAGCAGAUCUCCAAGGCGUACGGGAACCAAGCCGUCGUAGUCAGCGUCGAUCCUAAGCGCGUCUACGUGCCCAAGGUCGAUGCCACGCGCCACGCCACCAUUCGCACUAAUUUCCCAGGCCCCCGCGGCGAGGAGUACUGCUGGUACGCCUGCACGAUCAAAGGCGGUCGCGAGACCCGUGAUUUGGACGUCGUGGAAUUGGCACGUGCUGUAGAGGCCAUGGGUGCCGGCGAGAUCUUGCUUAACUGCAUCGAUCGCGACGGUACCAACUCGGGCUUCGACCUCGAGUUGAUUAACCAAGUCAAAGCCUCGAUACGCAUUCCCGUCAUCGCGUCCAGCGGUGCCGGCAACCCAUCCCACUUUCAGGAAGUCUUCGAGAAGACGCGGACGGACGCUGCGCUGGGAGCAGGCAUGUUCCACAGGGGAGAGUACACUGUCAAGCAAGUCAAAGAUUAUCUAGCAGAAAAGGGGUUGGAAGUGAGACAGUUCGAAGGGGAAUUAUGAAAUCUGGGGUCGAGGGAGCUAACGGGUCUGGCGCAUUCAUCGCAUUACGGCAUUUAGUAGAUAGGCGUUACGGGUUUAGAAUAUGGAA